AUGAGCUUCGGCUUCAGCAUCGGAGACUUUCUCACCCUCUUCGAGCAAGCCAACAAGCUUCGAAAACGAUUUGUUGAUGCGCCAGCACAGUUUGAUGCGCUCUCCGAGCAGUACGUAACUAGAGUUCGCAACCUCUCUAUCGUGGUACAUGAUGAAGAUCUCUCCUUGACCAACGCAGUGCUCGACAACCAGCUGAAGGACGAUAUACGCAAGAUAGCGACCAGCUGUGGAAAUGUACUUGCCGAAAUUGAAAGAACACUUGAGCGAUACCAAGACAUAGAUACGGGUCAUGGUGUCAAGAAGGCCUGGAAACGACUGAGAUGGGAUCAGGAUGAAAUCCGGGAUCUUCAGGACCGGGUUUGCCACAACAUCAACCUCCUCAAGGGCAUCAAUGGCCGCAUCACCCGCGACAACGUCGUAGAAUUGCUGGAGCACCAGAAAGUUGCGCAGCAUCAGGCUUGUCUGGACUGGUUAUCGUCUACGGGUUAUGCAGAAGUGCAAAGUGAGUAUGUCAGUCAGCGUCAGCCAGGCACUGGGGAAUGGCUUCUUGAAUCGUCCAAGUUUCAGGACUGGGUAUCGAAACCUGGAGCGACGCUGUUUUGCCCUGGUAUUCCUGGAGCGGGAAAAUCGAUUCUGGCAUCUAUGAUGAUCGAAGAGUUGAACAUUCGCUACGAAAAUGACUCUAGUGUUGGCAUUGCAUAUUUCUUCUGCAGCUUCCAGACGCAUGACGAUCAGAGCCAAAAGAUAGAGAGCUUGCUUGCUUGUCUUCUGCGACAGCUAGCCCAUAAUUUGCCGCAAAUCCCUGAAAGUCUCAAAAGUUUGUAUCAGAAAUACAAGAGUCGGGGGACGCGACCGUCGCUUGACGAAUACUUCGCGAGCAUAAGAUUCACUCUGACUCGGCUUUCGCGGGCUUAUAUUGUCAUUGAUGCACUAGAUGAAUGCCAUUUCUCCACGAUAGCACGGCUUUUGGAUAUAAUAUUGGAGCUUCAGUCGCCAAGCAAUCUCAACCUUUUGGCAACUUCGAGAUUGAUUCCGGAGAUAACCGUUAGGUUUAAGAACAAGCCGACUUUUGAGAUUCGUGCCGCUAUGCCAGAUGUGAUUGAGUAUCUCAGGGGCAAUUUAAGCAUGCUACCUUCAUUCGUAUCGCGGAAUCCACAAUUACAAGAUGAUAUUGUUCACAAAAUUACUGAUGCUGCUGAUGGAAUGUUCCUUCUUGCACGACUUAUGCUAGAAUCUUUGCAACACAAGUCGUCGCCGAGGAAACUGAAACAGGAGCUCAGCGAUUUGACAAGCGUUGCUAGUCACUACAACAUUGCAUACGAUACCGCAUACGAUAAAGCCAUGGAACGAAUUCAAGGUCAAGUCCCAGACCAGCGAGAGCUAGCCGAAGAAGUUCUAUCGUGGAUAACCUGUGCAAAAAGACCGCUCACAGCCAUGGAGCUGCGAAAUGCACUAGCAGUGGAGCUGGGCGAGUCAGAAUUCUACCAGGACAAUAUGCCUGAUUUGGAAGACAUUGUAUCCGCAUGUGCGGGCCUGGUCACAACAGUAGCACGUUCUUCGGGCGACGUGAUCAGAUUGGUUCACGCCACGGCAAAGGAGUAUUUCGAGAGAAAGUGGACGACCUGGUUUCCGGAUGCACACAGCCGGAUCGCUACAACAUGUGUGACUUAUCUAUCCUUUGAUAUCUUCGAUGAAGACAUCUGCUCCAGCCAGACAAAUUUCGAAGCACGACUCCACACAUAUCCUCUGUACUCGUAUGCAAGUAUGAACUGGGGGCAUCACGCUCGCAAUCAACCGAUAGAGGAGAGUUUAUUGCUUGAUUUUCUUGGAAACAAACUCAAAGUCAAUGCUUGCGUCCAAGGACUCUUCUACAUCGGUGGUUACUUCACCCACAGUGGAUAUAACCGGAACGUGCCUCCAGGAUUCACGGGAUUACAUCUAGCUGCAUACUUUGGGCUACUGAGCGUGGUUAGUUGCCUCCUAAAGAAUUAUCCGGAUCUUGCUUCAACCAGGGACUCGAUGGGCCGAGUGCCCCUGGCUUGGGCAGCAUACAAUGGUCAUACCGAAUUGGUAGAGUUCUUCAUGAACCACGGGGUUGGUACAAGCCUCAAAGACGAGACCGGCCGGACACCAAUAUCAUUGGCAGCUUCGAUGGGCCACCUUGAAGUUGUCAAUUGCUUUUUACAGCAACAUGUCGACCCAAAUUCGAGAGACACCGAUAGCCGAACCCCUCUCUCAUGGGCAGCUUAUCGAGGUCACCAUAAAAUCGUCAAAUCUCUUCUUGAAAGGGGUGCAGACCCCGAGGCCAGAGAUGAAUUUGGCAGAACACCGCUUCUAUGGGCAAGCUACGAGGGCUGGGUUGAGGUGGUCGAGCUCCUGCGGGUGAGAGAUGUGAACAUUGAGGCCAGUGAUAGGCUUGGUCGAACUGCACUCUCGUGGGCAUCAGAGAAUGGACACAUGGUUGUGGUAAAGCUCCUGCUGGAAAAAGGUGCUCGACCUGACUCUAAAGACGCAGAAGGUCGUACGCCUCUAGCCUGGGCUAUCCAAAGUCAGCAAGAGGCAAUAUAUUUGCUUCUAACAGCAGCGGCUCGCUCUGGAGCUGAAGCCUCCCAGUCGCUGGAUUUUCACACAAAGCCCGACCUUGCAUCCGACCAUGUACCUUCCAGGUACCCUGGUUCUUUGGGCAUGGAUAAGAGUCAGGCACCAACCUCAAAGCCCACCGAGAAAAUUCCGAGCGAAACAGACGAUGGACGUUGCUUUCAGUGCCCGUUGUGUAAUCGCUCUUCACUAACGUCAAAUAAACAUGUUCUCCAGAGACAUGUAAGGGACCUGCACUUCCCCCGAUUCAGAUUGGUCUGCCCAGAGUCCAAUUGUACAAGGACAUUCCAAAGGAAAGACAAGUUCGUGAUUCAUAUGAAAGAUCAACAUCAGAAAGAUAUUCAGAGAGAAGAGAUGGAUGCAUGUCAAAGGGAGGAGCCACUUCCAGAGGGUUGCAUCAUCUGCCGGAGGCGGGUCACUUCGUGGGAAGAUUUCUAUACGUGUAUUGAGACGCAUGUUCAGGCGCCAUCUGUAGUUCAAGAGACCUCAUGA